AUGACUCCCACUCAGUGUCCCCCAGACCUUAAACAAGCGGCCCUUAACGCCCGUGAUUUGCUGUACUCGCCAUAUUCGAAAUUUAGAGUUGGUGCAGCCGUACUUGGUGAGGACGGACGAAUUGCUGUUGGCGCCAAUGUGGAAAAUGCCAGCUAUCCCGCGGGUAUUUGUGCUGAACGAGUGGCGUAUCCUCGAGCAUUGAUGGAAGGGUUAAAACCAGUGGCAAUUGCUGUGACCAGUGACAAUCAUGAUCCAAUUCUGCCGUGUGGUGUUUGUCGCCAGUUCCUUAGUGAAUUCGGUUCUGAUUUAGUUGUUCACAUGGUGGGGAAGGAGCGGGUAGUGACAGCAACGAUUGGUGAGUUAUUACCGAUGGGAUUUGGCAGCAAAGAACUCACCGGCUAA